AUGCGUCUCUCCGUCCCAUCGCUAGCUCUUUUGAGCAUUCUCCCAACGUCGCUCGCUGCACCCGCACCCGCACCCGCCCCGGUGGUGGCAGGAAUUGCGCCAGUCGCAACACCAGCACCCUCUACUAAGCAGGUCCAAAGUCUGGAUGAAAGACAACUGCUGAAUAACCUUCUUCCUGGUCUACUUCCCGGCGUAGUCUCUCUCGUUGACAAUCUCCUUGGCGAUGUGAACAAAGCGGUUGCACAGGGUGAUCCCACAAAGGUGUUCAACAUCCUCUCGCAGCUUCAACCUACUACACGACCAAAAAACAUCGAAGCCGCGGUCGCAAGGCAAUCCAAAAUCUGGGCGAGCCCAACCACGCGAACAGACUUUUUUGCUGCGGUUGCAACUCAAAUAGCUGGCGGUCUGGUGCUUGAUGAAACCCUAAAUGCCGCUUUGAACGGUGGUCUGCCAGUUGGCGAAAACCGCGUCAACAACAACAACCCACCUACCACUGGUAUCUACCCCAAGAAGGAUGCUGCUGAUGCACCAUACACGCUCUCCGAGUCCGCACUACGCCAAGCUAUCUUUAUCCCGCCCAGCUUCACCUACGGCCAGAAACGUCCUGUGAUCUUCGUGCCAGGAACUGGUGCUUAUGGAGGCACGAACUUCGCCAACAAUCUUAGGAAGCUAUUGACAGGCAAGAGUUAUGCCGACCCAGUAUGGCUCAACAUUCCCGGCGCCAUGCUCGGCGACGCGCAAACGAAUGCCGAAUACAUUGCCUACGCCAUAAACUACAUCAGCGCCGUCUCGCGCACCAACGAGCAAAACAUUGCUGUUAUCUCCUGGUCUCAAGGUGGUCUGGACACACAAUGGGUACUGAAGUACUGGCCUUCAACCCGCAAGGUCGUCAAGGACUUCCUUCCUGUCUCUCCGGAUUUCAAAGGCACUGUUCUAGCCAACGCCCUGUGCUUGACAACAAACAGCAACCAAGCCCUUGGUCCCUGUGACCCCUCCGUUAUCCAGCAAGAGGCUACUUCGGAUUUCGUUAGGGCUUUGAGGAGUGGUGGCGGUGACAGCGCAUACGUUCCCACCACAACCUUUUACUCUGGUCUCUUCGACGAAAUCGUCGAGCCUCAACAAGGUACCGGCGCCUCCGCCUUCAUCAACGAUGCGCGUAACGUUGGUGUCUCCAACAAUGAAGUACAACGCGUUUGUGUUGGGCAGCUAGGCGGCUCCUUCUACGGUCAUGCCGGUGUUCUGUUCAAUCCUCUGACUUACGCAUUGAUUGUUGAUGCGCUUCAGAAUGACGGACCAGGUAGCUUGGAGCGCAUUAACGUCAAGAGCGUUUGCAACAGCUACGCCGCCCCUGGCCUUGAUCUCGAUGAUGUUUUGGCUACCAGCGGCCUGAUCCCUGUGGCUGGCGUAUUGUUGUUAGCAUACCAGCAGAAGUCACUGACGGAGCCUAAGUUGAGGGCUUAUGCCAGGUAG